GGGAAGGAAAAUUCAGACCUUUUCCCAGAACCCGUUGCGGUUACAAACCUGCGUGGAGACAUUGAGUCCCACUUGCCACAGUUCAGCUUUUUAACAGAGAUCUCCUCAGCAGUGUUCAUAGUUACUGAGAGCAUCAACGAGAGACAAUACACGCUCUUAUCAUCUCUGCAGGGAUCAGCCACUAAAUACUACUUCAUGGUUAAUAAUCAGGCUGUGACGUCCAAGGAAACACUGGGAUUCCUGAACAAGUUGGCCCCAGGGCUCAAACUGAACAACUCACAUGUGCUACAGAAAGGACAUGCCACAAAUGAGGCGGCUUAUGUAAAAGCUCUGCAGUCUGCAAUAGCAGCUGUAAUGAAGUCUUCUCCCAAGAGAGUGAGUAUAGAAGCCGUGGCUGAGACUGCACGUCAAUUAGGCAUCCAGGUAGAUGAGGCUAAUAAGAAAUGUCAGCAUGCCAGUGAAUAUGCCAAGGAAAUCACUGUACACAUAAAAGAUGUGGCAAAGUACAAGAGGGAAAAGCUGAGACUCCAGGGGGAGCCAUGGAAAAACUUGGCUGAAGUGGAAAAGGAGCUGUGCCGACUGAAAAAGCAAGGAAACAUCCCUCUGGAGAAAUACAAGUCUCAACUGAAAGAGAAAUCAAUAGAGUUACGUUGGGUGCCAGAUGUUCUGAUUCAGCUCCAUUCCCAGGUGGGGGAAAGGUCCAGAAUGUUGGUUAUAACAGUGCUGGGAGUGCAGAGCACUGGGAAAUCCACCCUCCUCAACACCAUGUUUGGCCUGCAGUUUGCAGUGAGCAGUGGCCGAUGUACUCGAGGAGCUUUCAUGACACUCAUUAAAGUGGCAGAGAACUUUCAGCAGGAGCUGGGCUGUGAUUUCAUCCUGGUGAUAGACACAGAAGGCUUGAAAGCCCCUGAACUGGCCAAGCUGGAGGAUAGCUAUGAACACGACAAUGAGCUGGCCACUUUGGUGAUUGGACUGAGUGACAUAGCCAUCGUUAACAUGGCCAUGGAGAAUGCCACCGAAAUGAAGGAUAUUCUGCAAAUUGUGGUCCAUGCCUUUCUCAGAAUGGAGGAAAUCGGGCAAAAACCCAACUGCCAGUUUGUGCAUCAGAACGUCAGUGAUGUGUCUGCGCAUGAACAAAACAUGAGGGACAGGAAACACCUCCUGGAGCAGAUGGAUGAAAUGACCAAAGCUGCAGCAAGGAUGGAAAAGAAAGGCCGGGAGAUGACAUUUUCUGAUAUUAUGGACUAUGAUCUGGAAAAACACAAUUGGUACAUUCCUGCUCUGUGGCAUGGAGUCCCGCCUAUGGCUCCAGUGAAUAUGGGAUACAGUGAAAAGGUUUAUGAAUUAAAGAAAUAUUUGUUUGAAUUUCUGAAAGGCUGUUCACAAAACAGAUCCCCCAAGGACAUCCCCCAAUUUCUUGAAUGGGUGAGGAGCCUGUGGAAUGCUGUAAAACAUGAAAACUUUAUCUUCAGCUUUAGAAACAGUCUUGUUGCUGAUGCCUAUAACCAGUUGUCUGUAAAUUAUGCAGAAUGGGAAUGGGAUUUCCGCAAGAUGAUGCAUCUCUGGGUAUCUGAAAAGGAAACUUUCAUCCAAAAUCAGCCACCAGAUAAACUAGACACCAGAAACAUUGCAGCUCGGGCAUUUCAGAAGAUGCAUGAAGAAUUCAUUACAGAAAAUGACCCUCUGCAAUGUCUGGGGAAACUGGAACCUCAGUAUCUCUCCACGUUCAAAGCUCUGUACUUAGAGAAGGAUGAGUGUCAAGAUAGGGCCUGGAAUUUCUGUGAUCAGUGUCUCAGACCUGCCCUGGUGGACUAUGUGAACAAGAGACUUGGGACAGAAAUCGUGGAUGACAUUCUCAGCAGUGAACAGUCUAUUGAGUACAGCACCCGGAGCUCUUUCCAAUUCUUUGUUCUGAAGCAGCUGUUGGAAGAAAAUGACUUUAACAAUUAUGUGCAAUACACAAGGAAUUAUGUAGAUUUUAUCAAAACCUGGAUACGGAAACACGUGUUAACACGUUACAGAGAGAAGGCAAGUUUGGGAGAUUUGGAGAAAAGGAUUUUCUCCCCAAUAAUUAAUAAACUCAGUGAUGUUCUGAAAAACUCCACAGGUGAGAUGACUGAGACAGUCUCUGCCUUUUUAGACAACUUUCUUGAAGAGCUGCAGCAGGAUCUAGUCAUUCCCAGGGACAGCUUAGAAGUGAUACUGUUUAAAAACACAGCACGUGCAGACCAAUUUUCAGCUUUUAUAGAACAGUUUAUUCCUGAUCUGGAAAAACAAGUUUUAUCCACUUUUGAAAAUCUGGAAAUUGAGACAAAACUCUCCAAACUUGCAGUGAAGCCCCAGGAUGAAUUCUUCCAGCGAGUGUUUGGCUGUGGGAAGCAGUGUCCAUUCUGUAAAGUCCCCUGUGACGCAGGAGCCCCUGCACACAAGGAGCAUUUUGCAUCAGUGCAUCGACCUAAAGGAUUAGGGACAUAUAGGUUUACAGAAACAGGGAUACUUUGCUAUGAGAUAUGCUCUUCUGCAGUGCUUUCCAAUGGCACAUUUGCAUGUCCAGAGACAAAAUGGGAGUAUCAGCCUUUUAAAAAUUAUCGGAAAUAUUUUCCAGACUGGCUCAUCCAGCCAGAUCCCAGCAUCACAGCUUCCGAUUACUGGAAGUUUGUUUUCAAUAAGUUCAAUCACCAGUUUGCUGAGGAGUUUCACGCUCAGCCUGCCGAUCUCCCUGAGGACUGGG